AAUAGUCCAGAUCUGCCUGGUGCUAACAGCUGUGUGCUGCUACAUUUUCUGGUUGACUACAUUCAUCUCUCAGCUGAACCCACUCAUAGGACCAGAGCUGGAUGUAGGACUUAUAAGGAUGAUUCAAAUGGAAUGGAACUCAGAAUGAUGUGCCUGAGGACCAAAUUGAAAUCUGUGAUGGGAACAUGAAGGAAAUAGACUUGUCAUCUUGGAUUUACUUUCAUUUGGUUGGGAUAGUGAAAUGAAAAAAAAGAAAAAGGAGCAGUUAAGGGUUUGGAAUUGAUAGGUUUGUGGUUGGGUGUCAAAACUUUAAUGUACAUUAUUUUCAGACGCAUUGAUCAUUCCUGUAUAUGAUAUGUUGUGAUAGUCAGAACUUUUGUGUUUUGUAAAUUUAUCCAUAGCCAGUGUAUAUUUGUGAGGCGUCGUGGUGAAAUCAAGCGCUUGUCAAAAUAAUGAAAUAAAAAACCCGACAUUUUCUUCCCGUUUUGGCAAUUUUUUGGGAAUUUUUAUGUUUUGGCCCGAAACCUUUUAUUUUAUGUCUAUCUAUAAAUACAUUGCUCUUUUGAUUUUACUGAAAAACAUUGCUUUAAGGGCACAGAAAAUAUAAAUUUACGGUUUCAAGGAAACUAAAGUUUUGGAAGUCAUAAAACUGGCUGCUAUUUGCUUGCCAAUUUUACCUCUGAAACCAAGCGACCCCCAACUCCUUCAAUUGCAAAUAUUUUGACUUCCAUUGAAGAUAGAGAUGGGUACUUUUUUUUUUUUUACCAAAAGCAUGGCAACUGAACAAAAUAUAAGAUAAUACCAAUAACUCUGUAUAUGCCCAAAAAUUGAUGAGCGUUUGGUUCCACCGUAUCCUGACACAUUUGUGUAUUAUAUAAACUUGUGUAUGAAAGGGAUUGUCUAUGUAUUUGUUGCAUAAUCAGAUAUAAUUUUGUUUUGUAGUAUAAUGUACUUCUCUGGGUCUCAAAUCAGGUUUCCGUGCAAGUAGAAAUUUAUACAGCUGGAAUAGCCACAGCAGGCACCAGUUAAAAACAGGCGCAUUUAGCUACUUUCUUUUUUAACCACUUUUGUACUCACCAAAAGCAAAUAUCUGCAUUGGAUCUUAAAUUCUUAGCCUUUUGAAAUUAUGCAGCAAUGAUUUAUUAGUAGAGAUGUGUUCAUGAAUUGUUGUUGUUUUUGUGGUAUCCUUUAAGACUGCUUGCUGUUGUGUGCGAGUCAAAGAAAGCUUCAAGUUUGUCUUGCUAUCUUGAAUUUCUCUCUGUUGUCUUCCUGGUCCUCAGAACUGCAAUUCAGUAUGGCUUGUGGGUACUCAAACAAUUACACCUUUGAAAUGAUUUUGAUUAGGAAUGUUUUCCAAGAGAAUUUUGGUUUUGGUUCAAGAAAAAUAAAGAACUUUGGCUGUAAAUCUCUAAGAAAGAAGACCUCUUGCCCCGUUGCACACUGCAUUUUGGUAAUAUGAACUUACGUGUCCAUUGUGGAGAUGAUAUGAUAGUCCUAGUAAGCAUUUGCAGUUUAAUGUACUGAUAAGUCAUGGAUACUUCGGUUUCUUACAAUUUUUGAACAGUCACAUAUAUGUUGUCAGUUACUUUGACUUACAGAAUGAUCAGUGGAAAUGAAAGUAUGAAAAGGUGUGCUGUGAAAGUACAUCAUUGAUUAAAUUAUUGUUGUAAGUCUAGUCUCAUACUGUCUACUCUCAUCUGUCAUAAUUGUCAUUUUUUUUCCUUCUGAGUAUGUCUCAUUUGCACAAGUGUAAUAAAGAAUGGAGUAUGAUAGUCUUA